AUGACCCACGAAAGCUUCCUCGCUGCUUCCGUCUUGGAUGACGACGGCGUUACCGCGCGAUCGAUAUUGAGCGGCAUCACAGAAUCCCGAGAGCGGCACUCUUUUACACGCAUCCAGCACUACAGACCACAGGCUUCGACCGCGCAGGGCCUUACCACGAUCAAGCAGCUGCAAAAGGAGCGGAGACCGACAACACCCCUGUGGCAGGAACUGCAUCAAAUUCUUGUCAAACAGCCAUCGGUGGUGCAGGUACGGAUGGAUAUCACGCCGGAAGUUGAGAACGCCAUGAGCGGAGCAGCAACUGGAGACGACGCGCCGUUAGUCGAGAUUCCGGGCGGCAAACCGUGUGCACUGAGGUGGGUUGAUCUACCAGAUCCUCCUAGCCCUCAACGGCCGCCUUUUAUCACUCAGCGCAGGGUCGUCGACAUUGAUGACCCGAGGGCGCCGACGAUUCUUGCGGAGAGCAAGUUUGGGCUGAAAUCAGAUUUGAUUGAGGAGUCAUACUCCUGGUGGUUCGAAGGCAUCGAGUAUUGCUUAACUCGCUUCUUCAAUCUGCCCGCGAGCCCGGACUCAAAUCAAAAUCCAGAUCCAGCCGCGCCCAAACAAGUCCCUAACCCAGCCUCCCUCAGACCGGUGGGCAAUAUCUGGAUUCUCUACAUCAACGCCAAGGUGGAUGCCACCCCCGCAGCCACGAUGCCGGACCGCGUAAAGCAAGCACAUGCGCGGCUGGUGGGGGCGAGGGAUCAGCUGAAGGGCGUGUUUGAAUUCCCGGCAUUCGACCGCCGCAGUCACGAUACGCGGGUCUCCGGGACAAGAGCGCCUUGA